AUGGCUCAUCGAGGAGAGACUCUACACAACGAGGUAUCCUGCAUAGCAGACCUUAAAGCUCUAGGAAGCAGUAAGCUUCCGAAGAUGGUCAGAGACUACUACAAUGAAGGCUCAAUGGAUCUAAUCACAUUACGAGAGAAUGAAACUGCCUUCGACCGCUAUAAAAUCCUUCCUCGUGUUCUGAGAGACGUCGAUCACGUUGAUACGACAACAGAAAUCCUAGGGACUAAGGUUUCUCUUCCGUUUGGAUUCAGCCCUGCUGCAUCUCAGAAACUAGCUCAUCCAGAUGGAGAACUGGCGGCAUCGCGGGCUGCCGCAAAGUAUGGUAUCUGCAUGGCACUCUCGUCGUACUCGAACUAUUCCCUGGAGGAUGUGGCUGCUCAGGGGACUGGGAACCCGUACGUGAUGCAGAUGUGUGUAUUGCGGGAUCGAUCAAUCACACUUCAGCUACUGGAACGGGCUGAACAAGCAGGAUACAAGGCACUAUUCCUUUCGGUCGAUGUCCCUGUGCUCGGAAAGAGGCUCAAUGAAUACCGCAAUAGCUAUACGCUUCCGGAAGAUAUGAACUGGCCGAACAUCCUCAGUUGUGGCGCUGAUACCUCAGACCGUACUGACUAUGAUCCAAGUCUCGACUGGGAAAGCACAAUUCCGUGGCUCAGAAAACAUACCUCGCUACGAAUAUGGCUCAAAGGGAUUUGCUCCCCGGCAGACGUCGAACUGGCAAUCCACUAUGGCGUGGAUGGAAUCGUGAUCUCCAACCACGGCGGUCGCCAGCUGGACGGAAUCCCGGCAACGCUAGACGCUCUGAGACUAUGUGCCCCUGUUGCACGGGGACGAAUCCCACUUGCAAUUGACGGGGGCAUCCGGCGAGGAUCGGAUAUCUUUAAGGCACUUGCACUUGGGGCCAGUUACUGUUUCGUGGGAAGGAUUCCCAUUUGGGGCCUUGCUUAUAACGGCGAGGAGGGCGUUGAGUUGGCAAUCAGGAUUUUGCGGCAAGAACUGAAGAUUACCAUGGCCCUUGCAGGCUGCACGUCUAUUAAUGACAUUAAUGAGAGCUAUCUAACCAUGGCAGACCUCUUUGUCGAUAUCACGACCCCGAAUUAUCACUCUUACCGACAGCCGACUGGCCUCUUCAUUGGCAAUUCUUUUGUCCCGGGGUCGAGCGGGCAAACUAUCACUUCAAUUGACCCUGCGACCGAUAAACCCAUCGUCACAGUCCACGCAGCCAGCGCCGAGGAUGUAGAUCGAGCUGUGAAGGCCGCCAAGGCUGCGCUGGUACAUCCCUCCUGGAAACAGCUUCCCGCUACCGACCGGGGAAUACUACUGGCCAAGCUGGCCGAUCUGAUGGAGCAAAAGCGGGAGUUACUUGCCUCGAUCGAUGCAUGGGAUAAUGGGAAACCAUACCACGUAGCUCUGGAAGAGGACCUUACCGAGGCCAUUACAACCAUCCGUUACUACAGUGGCUGGGUUGAUAAGAUUGCGGGCCAGACCAUUAGCACGACAUCUAACAAGUUCGCGUAUACAAUUCGUCAGCCGAUUGGCGUCGUUGGGCAGAUCAUUCCGUGGAACUACCCACUGUCCAUGGCCACCUGGAAACUAGGCCCUGCAUUAGCUUGUGGGAACACGGUCGUUCUGAAACCCGCCGAGCAGACACCUCUCAGCGCGCUUGUGCUUGCGGAACUGAUCAAGGAGGCUGGAUUCCCUCCUGGGGUAGUGAAUAUUGUAAAUGGAUACGGGAGAGAAGCUGGUGCUGCGCUGGCAUCUCAUCCGCUAGUCGAUAAGAUUGCUUUCACGGGAUCAACACAGACAGCAAGAGAGAUCAUGAAGAUGGCUGCGGGAACGUUGAAAGAUAUCACCCUUGAGACUGGUGGAAAGUCUCCACUGCUCGUAUUCCCAGACGCUGACAUGGAGCAAGCUGUCAAAUGGUCGCAUUUCGGCAUCAUGUCGAACCAAGGCCAGAUCUGCACGGCGACGUCCCGCAUCUAUGUCCACCAGGACGUCUUCCCUUCCUUCCUGGAGAGAUUCAAACAGGCGGUCGAAACCACGUCCAAGAUCGGUGACCAGUGGGAUGGAUCUACAUUUCAGGGCCCACAGGUAACUCGAACCCAGUAUGAGCGUAUUCUGUCGCAUAUUGAGAUGGCCAAGAAAAACGGUGCAAAACUCGUCAUUGGUGGAGGUCAAUAUAUCCCCAACGAAGACAGGAACAAAGAUGGAUAUUUUAUCCAGCCCACUGUUUUCACAGGCACCACAGAUUCUAUGGCUAUCGUGCGUGAGGAGGUCUUUGGCCCGGUGGUGAUUAUCGAACCAUUCGCGACAGAAGAAGAAGCCAUCCGCCGGGCUAACGACACCAUCUACGGCCUUGGGGCGGCCGUGUUCACGAAAGAUCUGGAACGGGCGCAUAGGGUUGCCGCAGAAAUUGACUCAGGGAUGGUCUGGAUCAACAGUAGUCAAGACUGCGAUCCUCGUGUGCCGUUUGGGGGUGUCAAACAGAGCGGCAUUGGACGGGAGCUUGGUGAAGCUGGUCUGGCCGCCUAUAGUCGGAUCAAGGCCGUACAUGUCAACAUGGGAAAUAAGCUCUAA